CAGUUGAUCUCAAGAAAACAUCGCGUUAUGUAUGUACCACGUCCGAAAUUGGUCAACGCGUUGUUUAGGCCUAAUAGCCGCCUACGCUUCGCUCAACUCUGUUGCUAUGUCUCAAAAUGAUUAAAUAACAUGUGCUCUCAACAGCAUGCUCAUUAAAGCGAUAUAAAAAGCGUCGUAGUUAGAAUAAUACGUAGAUAUGUAUUUAAGUGAUUGUGGUCUGUGAAAGUGAAACAUGGAGCUGUCACUGGGGCCUGUCGGGAGGUUGAUAGCGGUGCUGGACCAGGUGGAGAUGCGCGUGGAGCGCCUCCGACGAGACACAGUGCGCAUCGAGGAGGAGCGUGACUCCUUACUCUCCACAUUGGACAGUGUCAAGCACUCGGAACUGCUGGCAGAAGUCUCGGAAUGUGACAGAGACGACAUCUCGCGGUACGCGGAGCGUAUACUGGCGCGGGCGCAGACGGUGGAGGUGUGCGUGCGCACGGACCGCGACCCGCAGCAGGAGGAGGCUCUGCAUCAGGUAAACAUGUACAUCGACCAGCUAGUAGUGUCAGUGCAGGACGACGCGUGCACCGCGCACGCGCGCUGCCAGGCGUACAUGGCGGCCUGCUCCAGCGCCGCGGACUCCGCCGCCACCGACAAGAACUUCGAGACUGCCAUCCUCGGCUGCACGCUCGACGACCAGAAGCGCGUCAAGAAGCGCCUCCAGGGCCUGAUGGACUACUUCGCUAAGAAGAAUGUUACUUCGUGCUCGUGAGCUUGUGAUUGUGUUAUUGGCACUGCUGGAUCAUAGUGGGUUUUGUUAAAAAAAUCGUACCAGAAAAGCUAUUAGGGUGCAUUGGGGUAAUUUCUAAGGCGGGGUAAUUUGAAAAAUGGCAAAUGUCUACUAAACUAGAAGCACUUUCUACUGUAGUAACAGUAGCAAGAUACCUUGGUAAGUAUUUCAGUACCUAGCGUAAGUGUUGCUAAAGUACAAAGUGCUUAUGAACUGAAAUAAAUGUCAUAUACUAAGAAAAAGUGACCAAGGCCUCCAGUGCCCCAGGCUGGAAUCGAACCAGCGUCCUCUGCUAUCGCGGCAGGUGCCUAAGCCACUCGGCCACCGGGCCACAGCGGCAUAGGUCGAAUUUUUCCAAGUAUAUGCACUUCUUACUGAAGGCUUAUGGCGCCCCCUGGCCAUCCCUAGAUAUUUGCCAUUUUCUAAAUUACCCCGCUUUCGAAAUGAUCCCAAUGCAUUUUAAGCCUUUACAAGGCAGAGGGAAGUUUCCCACCUGAUUUUGAAGUUUAUUCCAGAUAGUGUUCAAUUUUGUAUAAUUUCUGAUACCCAUAUGCCUUAUAAAGGAUUGGCAGCCGUAUUCGAAUAAUGAGAUACGUCAAAUACUAGAUAUUGAAACGAUAUGGAUCGGAUAUGUCAGUGUCAAACAAGUGUCAAAAUUGUCGUUUCUUCAAACAAAUACCUACGCCACUUUUGACACUUGUUUGACACUGAUAUAUCCGAUCCAUAUCGUUUCAAUAUCUAGUAUUUGACGUAUCUCAUUGUUCGAAUUCGGCUAGGGUUUUGUCUAGCGUUCACAGAUACUGGGACAGACAUUCACGUGGGCACUUUUGAUUAUUUCCCUAGAACAUAUAACACUUCGAUCUUUGCGACACAUAAUACAACCAAAGAGAUAUUGACGUUCUUCCCAGUAGCUGGCCUCUGUAUUUUGAGGUACAGUCGACGUCAAAUAUAUGUUAACACUUUUGCACCUUACUCCUUUGUAUAGUUCGUUUUUUUUAGCAUUAGAAAGAACUCCACAGAAGCAAGCGUGCAGUUUUUAUCAGGCUCGUUAUAUGUUAAUAAUUAUUGAAUUAUCUAAUGUAGCAUGGUCAUUACAUAUAAUUUACUUCAAAUGAUUACCGCUAAAAGUGCCGGAUUUGGAACCACAAGCUUACUUCUGCAAAGUUCUUUCUAAUGCUAAAAAAAACGGACUAUAGUAAGGCGUAAAAUUUAAACAUAUCUUUGACGUCGAUUGUACUUGACUGAAUUGUUAAACGUUAACUUUUACACAUAGUUUUACUGCAAAAAUUACAUUAGUUAUCAUAUCAAACUAUACCUCGUUUUUUUAGCAUUAGAAAAGGGUAAAUCUUGACGUGUCUUUUUAUUGAAGAACACUUUAAAAAAAAUUGUAACUAUUACUGAUGAAACCAAAAGAAGGUAAAUAUAAUGUCCUUGCUAUUGCUAUAACUGAUGCGACUUACUUUUCAAUAAAAAUACGUUCAAGAUUGUUUACUCUUUAUCUAAUGCUACAAAAAAAAGGUAUAAAAACACAUUUUUUUCUGCAUCUCUUCUACAAUAACUAUUUUUUUGAUAUACUUAUGGAAUUGAUGGGAUGUUUACAAAAACAACAUAACUGACUACACUGGUUGACACUUGAAACGAUUAGCAAUGUUCUAAAAAAAGUGUCAACCGCUCUAAGCAGUUAUGUUGUUUAUGUAAACAUCCCUUCAAUUAUAAAAAAAAAAACAUUUAAUACAGAGGUGACAUUUAAUAAGAGAUUCCAUAUUAAACUUGUCUAAUAAAGUGCUCUGGGGAAAUUAACUAAAGAAAUUAAAAUUAAACUGUAUCAGCGCAGCGUCAUAAAGAUGGACAUGUGAAAAGUUUAUUCAAUAUUAUUAGUGUCUCGUGGCAGACAUUAGGCAGCAUUGUCACUGUUAUAGUCUAGUAUAAUUUAUUAUCGUUACGGUAGUGUUCACAAGCUUCCAUUUUGUAUCGCAAUGUCUGUGUUCACGCCCUUCCACAACAUAGUUGUGUCACUGUUUCCAAUAUCUCUCGUCGUCGAUGUUUCCGCGCCCGUUUUUAUAAAAACUUGUAAUUUGUAAUACCAUUACGCUCCGCUAUUGUUCGCGCCGUUUACAGUCCGUUUUUUUAGUUUCAUUAGAAAGAACUUCGCAGAAGUAAGCUUGUGGUUCCAAAUCCGGCACUUUUAGCGGUAAUAAUUUGAAGUAAAUUAUAUGUAUUGACCAUGCUACAUUAGAUAAUUCAAUAAUUAUUAACAAUUAAAGAGCCUGAUAAAAACUACACGUUUGCUUCUGUGGAGUUCUUUCUAAUGCUAAAAAUAAACGAACUAUAUGGUCCAGCUAAAUUGAUUGGUCAAUACUUACUUGCAGUGAGUUUUAAUUUGUUGCUUGUUAAUUUGCAUUUCCCCUUAAAGCUCAAGCGGCUUCAGCGAUUCUUUCACCACCAAUAAGCAUCUCGCGCGUUUGUCGCAAUAUUUAGACAUUUAGUUCCAAAAUUUGUCUUCAUGUGCUUUGUUUUGCUUUAAAACCUUCGGUAUAGGUAUGUGCACGCUUUGAGUGACGAGCUCCCAGCGGAGCGUUAAGCGGAGCGGGCAGCGGCAAAGUGUUCUGUGCAGCGUGCAUUCAUGCCGCUUGCCGCUCACGUGCGUUUGCAUUUGUUUAACAUAAACGCAGUUCGCUCCGCCCAGCA